AUGGCGGGGGUUGAUAAAGUUGUGCUGUUGGAUUUCAAGGUCAGUAUGUUCGGGAUGAGGUGCAGGGUAGCCCUGGCUGAGAAGGGCAUUCAGUAUGAAUACAGAGAAGAGGAUCUUCGCAACAAGAGCCCACUUCUUCUCGAAAUGAAUCCGAUUCACAAGAAAAUCCCUGUUCUGAUUCACAACGGGAAGCCCGUUUGUGAAUCCGCCAUCAUCGUUCAAUACAUAGAUGAAGUAUGGCAUGACAAGAAUCCUUUUUUACCCUCCGAUCCUUACCAGAGAGCUCAAGCCAGGUUCUGGGUCGAUUUGAUUGACAAGAAGGCUUAUGAUGCUGGAAGGAGGGUGUGGACUAAAAAGGGGGAAGAGCAAGAGAAAGCCAAGAAGGAAUUUCUUGAAUUGUAUAAAACUUUGGAAGGGGAACUCGGAGAUAAGCCUUAUUUUGGUGGGGAAAAGUUUGGGUUAGUGGAUGUGGCUUUGAUUCCUUUCUACUGUUGGUUUUAUGCCUAUGAGACUUGUGGCAAUUUCAAGAUGGAAGCCGAGUGUUCAAAGCUUGUGGCUUGGGGCAAAAGAUGCAUGGAAAGGGAGAGCGUGGCCAAGUCACUUGUUGAUCCUAAGGAGGUUUAUGAGUUUGUUCUCCACAUGAAAAAGGUAUUCGGGAUCGAAUGA